AUGAGGCACGCUGGUUCUUGGAAACUAUGGCUCUGGGUGGCAAUGCUUCUGCUUCCUGCUUCCAUUUCCGUGACGGUCAGGGACAAGUCAGAAAGACAGUGUCCUUUACUGAGAACAGAGGGACAUCAAUUUACCCAGGACAACAGAGAUAAGCUUGAAAUUUCAGGUUUUGACCUAGGAGAGAGCUUUUCUCUGAGACGUGCAUUUUGUGAAGGUGAUAAAACCUGUUUCAAAUUGGGAAGUGCAUUUCUUAUUAGAGAUACCAUUAAGAUAUUUCCCAAAGGCCUUCCUGAUGAGUACGCCAUAGCAGCUAUGUUUCGAAUACGAAGAAGCACCAAAAAGGAACGGUGGCUCCUGUGGCAGGUUUUAAACCAACAGAAUAUACCACAGGUUUCUAUAGUAGUUGAUGGUGGAAAGAAAGUGGUGGAAUUUAUGUUCCGAGCUCCUGAGGGAGAUGUGUUGAACUACAUUUUUAAAAAUCGAGAACUCCGUCCUUUGUUUGAUCGUCAAUGGCAUAAACUUGGCAUUGGUAUACAAUCCCGGGGCAUUUCACUCUAUAUGGAUUGUAAUUUAAUUGCAAGCCGGCAUAUAGAUGAAAAGGACACUGUGGACCUUCGUGGAAGGACUGUUAUUGCUGCACGAGCUUCCGAUGGCAAGCCUGUGGACAUUGAACUUCACCAAUUUAAAAUCUACUGUAACUCAAACUUCCUAGCUCAAGAAACAUGUUGCGAAAUAUCAGAUACUAAGUGUCCAGAGCAGAAUGGCUAUGGAAGUACUGCGUCAUCAUUGUUACCUGCUCACGCCAGCAAAAUGUCUGCCUAUCUACCAGCAAAGCAGGAACUUCAAGACCGGUGCCAGUGCAUUCCAAACAAGGGAGAAGCAGGAUUGCCAGGAACUCCGGGCUCACUUGGUCAGAAAGGGGAUAAAGGAGAACAGGGUGAAAAUGGUUUACAUGGAGCUCCAGGCUUAGCUGGUCAAAAGGGAGAGCAAGGUUUUGAAGGCAGCAAAGGAGAAAUUGGUGAAAAGGGUGAACAAGGAGAAAAAGGAGAUCCAGGCCUGGCUGGCAUUAAUGGACAAAAUGGUUUGAAAGGUGACUUGGGUCCUCAUGGUCCACCUGGUCCAAAAGGAGAAAAGGGAGAUACCGGACCUCCAGGACCACCAGCCUUAACUAGUUCCCUGGGGAUACGGGGUCCACAGGGUCCACCUGGAAAAGAAGGUCAGAGGGGAAGACGAGGAAAAACAGGUCCUCCAGGAAAACCAGGCCCCCCAGGACCGCCUGGACCUCCUGGAAUACAAGGAGUACAACAGACUCUUGGAUAUUAUAAUAAGGGAAACCUUGGUGAAUAUGGAGCUCAUGGCCUAAAAGGAGAGAAGGGUGAAACCGGACAACCAGGAUUCCCAGGGUCCAUUGGCCCUAAAGGUCAAAAAGGAGAAUCGGGAGAACUUCUUACUAAAGGUGAAAAGGGAGAUAGAGGAGAACCCGGGCUAAUGGGAUCACAGGGAAUAAAGGGUGAACCUGGAGAUCCUGGUCCCCCCGGUUUAAUAGGAAGCCCAGGACUAAAGGGUCAACAAGGACCUGCAGGUUCUAUGGGACCUAGAGGACUGCCAGGAGAUACCGGAUUGCCAGGAGAACAUGGUAUCCCGGGAAAGCAAGGCAUUAAAGGAGAAAAGGGAGAUCCAGGUGGGAUUGUAGGCCCUCCUGGGCUUCCAGGUCCAAAAGGUGAGGCUGGUCCUCCAGGGAAAAGCCUGCCAGGGGAACCGGGAUUAGAUGGAAAUCCUGGAGCACCUGGUCCUCGUGGGCCAAAGGGCGAGCGAGGACUGCCGGGCGUCCACGGUUCCCCAGGUGACAGAGGUCCACCGGGGGUGGGAGUUCCUGGCCGAAUAGGCUCCCAAGGACCCGCUGGAGAGCCAGGUAUUCAGGGUCCUCGAGGUCUCCCUGGAUUGCCAGGGACUCCAGGGACCCCAGGGAAUGAUGGAGCUCCAGGGAGGGAUGGAAAGCCAGGUCUGCCAGGCCCCCCAGGUGACCCGAUUGCACUUCCUCUCUUGGGAGACAUCGGUGUCUUGCUUAAGAACUUCUGUGGCAACUGCCAAGCCAGUGUCCCCGGGCUGAAAAGCAACAAAGAAGAAGCUGGUGCUGGUGAGCCUGGAAAGUACGAUUCUAUAGCCCAGAAGGGUGAUACAGGCCCGCGGGGUCCUCCAGGAAUCCCAGGCAGGGAGGGACCAAAGGGAAACAAAGGAGAGCGGGGCUACCCUGGGAUACCUGGUGAGAAAGGUGAUGAGGGUCUUCAAGGAAUUCCAGGUCUUCCGGGUGCCCCCGGUCCCACUGGACCCCCUGGUUUGUUGGGAAGAACUGGACAUCCUGGUCCUGUGGGAGCAAAGGGUGACAAGGGCAGUGAGGGACCCCCUGGGAGACCUGGACCACCUGGACCACCUGGUGUACAAUUCAAUGAAGGAAAUGGAAUGAGCAGUUUAUAUAAAAUCCAGGGAGGUGUGAAUGUUCCCAGUUUUCCGGGGCCCCCUGGCCCCCCUGGCCCUAAAGGAGACCCUGGCCCAGUGGGAGAACCUGGUGCAAUGGGGCUGCCAGGACUAGAAGGAUUUCCAGGUGUAAAGGGGGAUCGAGGCCCAGAAGGUCCCCCAGGAAUAGCUGGAAUAUCGGGAAAACCUGGAGCCCCAGGGCCUCCGGGAGUCCCAGGAGAACCGGGUGACAGAGGGCCUGUUGGAGAUAUAGGUUUCCCUGGACCAGAAGGACCCUCUGGAAGGCCAGGAAUAAAUGGAAAAGAUGGAUUACCAGGUGCUCAGGGUAUCAUGGGUAAACCUGGAGAUAGAGGCCCCAAAGGAGAACGUGGUGACCAGGGAAUUCCAGGGGACAGAGGCCCACAAGGUGAACAGGGGAAACCAGGCCUUCCAGGCAUGAAGGGAGUCAUAGGUCCUGUGGGGCCACCCGGAAGCAAGGGUUCCACGGGAUCCCCCGGGCACCAAGGCCCUCCAGGCAAUCCAGGCAUCCCAGGCACUCCGGCUGAUGCAGUUUCAUUUGAAGAAAUAAAGAAGUAUAUUAAUCAAGAGGUUCUAAGGAUUUUUGAAGAGAGGAUGGCCGUGUUCCUAUCACAGCUCAAGCUGCCAGCAGCAAUGUUGGCUGCUCAAGCUCACGGGAGGCCUGGUCCACCAGGAAAGGAUGGAUUACCUGGGCCACCAGGAGACCCUGGACCCCAAGGCUACCGAGGACAGAAGGGAGAAAGAGGGGAGCCUGGAAUUGGGCUUCCAGGGAGUCCGGGUCUCCCUGGGACUUCAGCUCCGGGUUUGCCAGGCUCACCAGGUGCCCCAGGUCCCCAGGGCCCCCCAGGACCUAGUGGAAGAUGUAAUCCAGAAGAUUGCCUCUAUCCCGUGUCUCAUGCCCGUCAGCGGACAGGUGGGAAAUAAACACACCUGGGGAAGACUUGACAUUGAGCUACCUUAAUACUCUCAAACCCUCAUGAUAUAUGGGUGGCUUUUUUUUGGUUUUUGUUUUUGGUAGGCCAGACAUUAAAAGCAACAAUUGGAAUCCUAUUCCUAUAGUAAUUGGGAUAGCAGAAUUUUCAGCUUUUCCCAAAUUCAUUCCAUAUGUUUUGCUUCACCAUUACUAUGAUUUUUAUUCAGGAUCUUCUAUGAACUAAGCAAGCAGAUCUUGUUAUUAGUUCUUCUUCAAGAUGAAAUUACAUCUUAUGAUUUAGUAGGCUGAUGGUGAUGUACAUUUUCUAGACUUAUCAACUUGUAUUUGGCCUUUGAUUUCUGAAUUUUAAAGUUCCAGACUUCAAGUUUUCUUGGAGUUUAAAUUUACCAUCAUUGCUAAAAAUUUCAACUUUUUUGACAUAGUGCAUUGCUCCUGCUCAAUGUUUUUUGAUGACUUUUAUAGCCGAAGAUUUCUUAUACCAUCCUAUGUCCAUCCUGCUUAUGCAGAGAAAUAGAUAGGCAAUAAGAGCUUCACUU